AUGGCCUGUGAUGCCUCGUUUAGAUUUGUGAACUGCAUUGCAAAAUGGCCGGGUAGUGUACAUGAUUCCCGUGUGUUUAGAGAAUCGUCUCUUGCUAGACUCUUCGAAACUGGAGCGCGAAAUGGUAUUAUUUUGGGUGAUUCAGGAUAUGCUCUCAAGAGGUACCUCAUGGUUCCAUAUUUGACUCCCAGUAACAGAGCACAGGAGAGGUUUAAUACAUCCUUAUGUCGCACGAGAGUAGUUAUAGAAGAGGCGUUUGGUAUCCUAAAAAGGAGGUUUCCUUGUCUACAGACAGGUUUACGGGUGGAGCCCGCCAAAGCUUGCGCUAUCAUUGUGGCCUGCACAGUUCUCCACAAUCUUGGGAUUGAGAGACAUGACAUUGUAGAUCCGAUACCAACUGUUCAAGGUCAAGUGAUCGACGAGGUGGCUCUGCCUGCGGUAGGAGGGCAACACGAAGGAAAGCAUGUUAGAGAUCACAUCGCCAAUGUGUUUUUUGGGCAUUGA